CUGGUCACGACUUGCAUGGGACCACUGAGUCCCAUGGGACCGGGCCCAAACAAGGAGAAGGAGAUUCAAUGCCUGAAGAUGGCACACAGUUUGAUGGCGAGAAGUGAUGGUGCUACGACCAGCGGACAGGCGGUGAGGGAUGAUGCACUGCUGGCCCGUAUCUUACAUGAGCACGAGGAAAUGAAGGUGAAAAUGGAGGUGGCAGAGGUCGCCAACAAGCGAGCAGAAUCUCUCGAAGAGGCGUUACGACUCAUGAAGCAGCGGCAUGAGGAUGCGUUACAGGAGGCGGAAACCUGGAAGAAGGAAGCGUUGCAGUCGGAUAACAAACGAAGCAGGGUUGCCAUUUCUCCUUCAUCCCAAUUAAGAAUGCCGCCAGCUGCUACUCCCCGCAAGACACCUGCUGAACGGCCACCAUGCGAUCCUUCCCAGCUGGUGCAUCUGCAUGCCCUCGAGGUCAAUGCUCUCAAGGAGCUCAGGUUGCAAGAACUAAAUCGCAGACGAGAAGCCGAGAAGGAGAAUGCGAAGUUAAAAGAGGAAUUAGCCCGGAGAGAUGCUGGUCCGAAGUCGCCUUUUCAGCAAAAGUUGGACGACGCCGGUGGCUCAGUCGCGAGAACGAGCCGAGCAAAGAAGAAAACCAUUGAAGAUGACGAGUCUGGUAAGGAAAACGAACGGGGCGUUUUUUAUUCGAGAAGCAAGGAAAGAGUUAGGCAAUAAGAAGAAGGACGAGUUGGUUGGGAUCUGCAUGAAGGAAGGGAUCAAGUACAACACCAUUCCACGAU